AUGGCAGACGUCGUGCUCCAAACCCGGGGAGGAAGCGGCGGGAUUGUGAUCGACGACGACUGGCCAGGUUACAGUUUAGAACUCUUCAGCUAUCCAGCGCACUACGCCGGUGAUCUGCAAUGUGUUGUCGUUCCACAUGGAGUCAUCAUGGACAGAACGGAGCGUCUUGCCCGCGACAUCAUGGACGACUUGGGAGAGCACGACAUCGUAGUUUUGUGCGUGCUUAAGGGGGGAUACCAGUUCUGUGCCGACUUGGUGGACAAGAUCAAGGCGCUGAGCUGCAGCUCGGACCGCACCAUCCCCAUGAGAGUCCACUUCAUCCGCCUCAAGAGCUACCUUAAUGAUCAGUCCACAGAAGACCUUCAUAUCCUUGGAGCAGAAGACUUGUCAUUUUUAGCUGGAAAGAACGUACUGAUUGUGGAGGGCAUUAUUGGCACUGGCAAAACCCUGAAGGCUCUCCUGAAGCACGUCGAGGUCUUCCAGCCCAAAAUGAUCAGAGUUGCUGGGUUGUUGGUAAAGAGAGUGCCACGAAACACAUCAAGCCUCCCUGACUACGUCGGCUUUGAGAUACCCAAUCGCUUCGUGGUUGGAUACGCUUUGGACUACAAUGAGUAUUUUAGAGACCUGAAUCACAUAUGCGUGAUCAGCGACAGUGGCAAAAUGAAAUACAAGAUAUGA